CACUCGAGCCGCCCCGCCCGUGCCGUUUACCGGAGUGCGACCCGACCCCCGCGGCGUCGAGUGGAUUGGGCCGGCGCGGAUCGGGAGGACCGGAGCGCUGUCGGGCGUCUAGGGUUUGGUUUGGGUGGGUGAGGUUUUGCGCGGCGAGAGCAGGGGAGGAGGGGGACUGGAGGAGGCCGGGGCUUGGAUGGUCGCGGUGCCGGAGGUGGAGGUGGAGCGCUCCCGGAGGUGGUGUUCAUGGGGAGGUCGUUCAGGGACUCGCUCAAGGUGCUCGAGGCCGACAUCCAGCACGCCAACUCGAUUGCUUCUGAAUUUCGGAGGGAAUAUGAUGGCGCCUGCCUUCAGAUGAGGAUGGCAUACUGCCCUGCUGCCCACUUUUUCCUUUUUCUUGUGCAGUGGACAGACUGCAAUCUUGCUGGUGCACUUGGGCUGUUGAGGAUUCUAAUUUAUAAGGUUUACGCUGAUGGGACAACCACCAUGUGUACUCAUGAAAGAAAAGCAAGCAUCAGGGAAUUUUAUGCUGUCAUAUUUCCCUCUUUGAUGCAAUUACAUGAAGGAAUCAAUGAAGUUGAGGAUAAAAAACAGAAAGCAAUAUGUCUAGAGAGGUAUAGAAGACGAGAUGAGGAUCAGAAAACAGUAAUAUCAGAGAUUGAUGAUAAUAUAGAGGAGGAAUGUGGCAUAUGCAUGGAAAUAAACAGCAAAGUUGUUCUUCCAACUUGUAGCCAUGCUAUGUGCAUCAAAUGCUACCGUGACUGGAGGUCAAGAUCCCAGUCCUGUCCGUUCUGCCGCGACAGCCUCAAGAGGGUAAACUCUGCUGACCUGUGGAUAUACACAGAUAACAAGGACAUCAUCGACGUGGCGACAGUCCGAAGAGAGAACCUGAGGCGACUCUUCAUGUACAUAGACAAGUUGCCCACUGUCAUCCCAGAAUCUGUGUUUGACGUCUACGACUCCCAUGUAAAGUGACAGUCGAGCCCGUCUGCCAAUUGUUUUAUGUAUUUGCUACUUCUACUAGUGCUGAGCCCUGGGCCUCUGGUGCUGUUGUGCCUUUUUUUUUGAGAGUUUCGAAGCAACUGGGUGCCAAGGAGGCUAAUUUAUAUAGGGAGCUAUACACUGAAUGUAAGUAGAACUUGUUCUAUCAUCUUGCGUGAUGCGAUUUGGGUCUUUAUGGUGGUUUAGGGUAAUUUGACGCUAUAUAUGUCACAUGGUUAUGGCAGAAAAGAUAUUGGCCUUCAUCUGAUGUGUGAUUCUUGUUCAUGGAUGUAUAUAUGGAUGGAUGCAGUUGUCAAAUGCA